GUCACGCCCCCUUGGUGUUCAGCCUUUAAAAGAGCCAAACAUGGCACCACGGUGUCUGUUAUUUUGCCUUUUUCUGGUCGGUCUGCCCUGCCUGAUCUCACCCCAGCAGCAGGCGUCCACCGUCGACCCGCAGGAGUCGACCUUGCCAUGGUACGAGACCCUGCCGGCCGUCGCCAUGGACUACAAAGUGCACAUCGACCCCGGAAAGGAGGACUGUUACUACCAAUAUGUCAACCCCGGUGCCACAUUCUACGUCAGCUUUCAGGUCCUGCGAGGUGGCGACGGAAUGGCUGGCUUUGCAGUGCGCCACCCAAAUGGUCAAAUCAUCCAUCCUUACCAAUGGAAACAAAACGCCGAGUUUCAAGACCAGUCUUCCACCGGCGGAUACUAUGCUGUUUGCAUUGACAACCAGUUUUCCAGAUUUGCAGCCAAGUUGGUCAACCUCUACAUUACUGUCAUUCGGUACGAUGAGUGGGACAAAUUCAGUAAGGAAGUUGAAGAUAUGGACUUGAGCGUGCAGAAUUUUACGGACACGAUCCGCGGGGUGGAGCGCAACAUCCAAGACAUGCUGCAGUAUCAGCACUACGCGCGCAGUAACGAGGCGCGACACUUCAACACGUUGCUCGACAAUAACCGCUACGUGCAGACGUGGAGCAUCGCGCAAAUAGUUGUGAUAUCCUGCACCACCAUUCUCCAGGUUUACUUUGUGCGGAAACUGUUUGACGUUAAAAACGCCAGACCUCGAGCUUAAGGAAAUAUUUAAACUUGCAACGAACACACAUCGCAUUCCAUGAAAGUAUUUUUAGACGACUUUAUGUGAAAUUUUUGUUAUUAAUUUUAUAAGGGCUGCAAAAUGGGCAAGCUGUAAAUAAUUUUUCUCUUACUUAAAAGUAUUAGUUCACAAUUUAAAACGUCACAGUACCAUUGAGGUUAAAACUAUCAAUCUUUGGCUAUCAUUUAUCAAAAUGACAGCAUGAACAAGGUGUGACGAGGGAAAUUUUUGAAGUAUAGCAAUAUAAGUUCGAUCUGGUUUUAUCUCUUGGAAGGGGCUUGUCCCAUUACGAUCAUCAUUGUUUAUCUGACUGAUGAUGCGGCACUACAAAACUUACUCAACUGAUAAAUAUUUUGGUUAUCGAAAACUUGAUCUACGUACCGUUGUUAAAUAAAAUGCUUUUUAAGUUA